AUGGCAUCGACGAAGGAAGUGAUGAAAAAACUAGAAGAGUUCAUGAUUCAACAAACCCAAAGCACAAGCGAUUUGAAGGGGGCGAUUGUUGCCUUGCAAGCUAAGCAGUCUGCGCUGGAGGAAAGCAUCGUGUCGCAAUCUCGCAACAAAAAACAUGUAUCAGAAGCAGAUGGGGACGAGGGAACAGAUGGGGAUAACCGGUUUGAGGAUUCCCAUGAGCUAAGCCUAAGAAGAGGGAAGGGGAUCAUACAAGGCGGAACACAAACCAGCAAAGGGACGGGGUUUCACACCCCCGGACCGGAACGGCGGAAACGUCCGGAGGCGGGUGACGUCAUUGUGCAGUAUCAUAACAAUUGUAUAUAA